AUGAAAGGAUUAGGAUUCCUCGCUCUUCUUCCUCUCGUGGCCGCAAGAAGUCUGCGUCCACGCAGCACCGCAUGCAACAAUUCCCCCGAUCUAUGCUCCAAAUCCUACGGCGAAAUCACUCAUCUAGGCGCCCACGACAGUCCGUUUGUACGAGAUGCAUCGACGGAUUACUCAACUGCGGGGGACCAAUACUACGGGACAACAGAUCAGCUGAGUGCUGGUGUUCGGUUGCUUACCGCGCAGAUUCACAAGAAAGACUCCGCGUGGCAUCUAUGUCAUUCGAGUUGUGAGCUGAUGGAUGCGGGGACAUUGACGUCGUGGUUGACGGAUAUCAAGAAGUGGAUGGACUCGAAUCCGAAUGAAGUGGUGACUAUUCUACUGGUGAACUCGGACGGUGCUUCGGCCUCAGACAUCCAUUCGGCGUACCAGUCGUCUGGUCUCAGCGACCUUACCUAUACCCCGGCCUCCUCCGGCUCGUGGCCGACGCUUCAAAGUAUGAUCGAUGAUGGAAAGAGAUUAGUGACCUUCGUGACAGCGCUGGAUGGCUCCACCAGUUCAGACACCUCCUAUCUCCUGGACGAAUGGACCUACGUUUGGGAAAACCCGUACGAAGUGACCUCGGCGUCGAAUUUCUCCUGCACCCCGGACCGGCCCUCGAGUGUCAGCGACAAUCUCUCGGCCGCGCUACAGUCGAGCAAAAUGCCGCUCAUGAACCACUUCCUGUACCAAACCACCAUCUUGGACAUCCAGUACCCCAACUCCAGUUACGUCUCUACAACCAACGCCCCAUCCGGAGGAACAGGAAACCUGGGUGACACUGCGAAGAAGUGCAAGCAAGAGUACGGCGGCCGGCAGCCCACCUUCAUUCUGGUGGACUUCUUCAACGAGGGACCCGCCAUCGAUACCGUGGAUAGCUUGAACAAUGUCACGAAUGCCGUGGGUCGCAAGGAAAUCAGCACAGGCUCGACGAGCGACGGGUCUACUUAUGGCAAUGUCUUCAAGGGACUGGUGGAGAUGGUCAAUAAGGCCAAGUCUGGAUCAAACCCCAGCAUGGCUGAUUGGGUUUGGGUUGGUGGAGACUGGGGGAGCUUGCUUGGUGGAGGAAUUGCAUUGAACUAA